AUGAGUCGACUUCAUUUUUUCUUCUUUCCCCUGAUGGCUCAAGGCCACAUGAUUCCUACACUUGACAUGGCUACGCUCGUCGCUUCACGCGGUGUUAAGGCCACUAUAAUCACUACCCCUCUCAAUGAAUCGGUUUUCUCAGAUUCUAUCGAAAGAAACAAGCAUUUGGGUAUCGAAAUUGACAUCCGUUUGAUAACAUUUCAAGCUGUGGAGAAUGAUUUGCCUGAAGGAUGUGAACGUCUCGAUCUCGUUCCUUCCCCUGAAUUGUUUAAAAACUUCUUCAAAGCUACAGCUAUGAUGCAAGAACCAUUUGAGAAUCUUGUUAAAGAGUGUCAUCCCGAUUGUAUUGUUUCAGAUAUGUUAUUCCCUUGGAGUACUGAUUCUGCUGCCAAAUUCAACAUUCCAAGAAUUGUUUUCCAUGGCACAGGUUUCUUUGCUCUUUGUGUUGCGGAAAGCAUCAAACGUAAUAAGCCUUUCAAGAAUGUGUCAUCUGAUUCUGAAACUUUUGCUGUACCGAAUUUGCCUCAUCAAAUCAGGCUGACCACAACACAAUUGUCUCCGUUUGAUCUAGAAGAGGAAGAGGCAAUUAUAUUCCAGAUAUUUCAUGAAGUCAGGGAGGCGUACUUGAAAAGCUAUGGAGUUAUCUUCAACAGUUUCUACGAACUUGAACCAGAUUAUUUUGAACAUUAUACCAAAGUUCAAGAUAAUAAAUCAUGGGCUAUUGGGCCGCUUUCGCUGUGCAACAGGGACAUUGAAGAUAAAACAGAAAGAGGGAAGAAAUCCUCUAUCGAUAAACACGAGUGCUUGAAAUGGCUUGAUUCGAAGAAAUCAAGUUCUAUUGUUUACAUCUGUUUUGGAAGCGGAGUAAAAUUCACUGGAUCACAAAUUCAAGAACUUGCAAUGGGAAUUGAAGAUUCUGGACAAGAAUUCAUUUGGGUUAUCAGAGAAAGAAAAUUCAAACAAGAAAAUGAAGACUCGUGUCUACCUGAAGGAUUCGAGAAAAGAACGAAAGAAAAAGGAAUAAUCAUAAGAGGAUGGGCACCCCAAGUGUUGAUUCUUGAUCACGAAGGUGUAGGAGCAUUCAUGACUCAUUGUGGAUGGAAUUCGACCCUGGAAGGAAUAUCAGCAGGGGUGCCAUUGGUGACAUGGCCUCUGUUUGCUGAACAAUUUUUGAAUGAGAAGUUGGUGACUGAUGUUUUGAAAAUUGGGGUUGGGGUUGGUUCAGUAAAAUGGGAGUUAGUAGCAAGUGAAGGAGUGAAAAGAGAAGAAAUAAGCAAAGCAAUAAAGAGAGUAAUGGUGAGUGAAGAAGCAGAGGGAUUCAAAAACAGAGCAAAAGAGUAUAAGGAAAUGGCAAAACAAGCUAUUAAAGAAGGAGGAUCAUCUUACAAUGGAUUGACUAACUUGCUGCAAGAUGUAAGUAUGUAUGGUACUAAAAUUGAUUAG